AUGCUCCCCGAGGACUACGAGGAUGGCCCAAAGCAACUAGACGAAGGUUUCGAAUUUUAUCGGAGAGUGACAGUUGACGGUUCGAUCGUAAAUGUCUUCCAAAUCUUCACAGAGGGAGAUGUCUGCAAUGAGCUACCAGACUUACGGCUUGGUGCUCCAUCAGGAGCAAUUAUCCAUGCAGCUACAGGUGGAUCCUGCAUCGACAAUGACACCCCCGAUGCAAGAGCUGGCGCUGGUAUUUUUGUGCCGGAGGAAAACAAUAUGGAGAUCGCCAUAAAAGUCCCCUCACCCAUGCUUCAAACAAUCCAGGCCGGCGAGGCAAUGGCUACAAAGGAGCUGGCAGUCAGAGCCAAUAAGAGAGCCAUCCUACAUAUUGAUAUGAACUCAAAAUACAUACUUCACCGCCUAUCGAUAUCUUUAAAAAAGAUGAAAGAUGCGGGAUUCAUCGGAGUACCCAACAAAAAAAUCCUCCAAGCGACAGUAGCCAGUCUCCACAGCAGAAAACAGGUGAUGACAAUGAAGUGGGUUAAGGGCCACAAGGGACACCAUGGAACCUCUAAAGGAAACAUAUUGGCCAAAAAGGGGCCGAAAAAGAACAGGGCGACACCAUUGACUUGGAAAUCGCCCCAACACUAA